AUGGAUGGUUGCAAAGUAGCCAAGACCCUAAUAAGCAUCACAACUAAGUUGGACAAGGAUGAGAAGGCUAAGAGCGUAAAUGAAAAGCUCUAUAGAGGUAUGAUCGUAUCACUUUUAUACUUAAUCGCCUUUAAACCCGAUAUCAUGCAUAGUGUUUGCCUUUGUGCUACAUUUCAAUCAUGUCCAAAAGAGUCUAAUUUAAAUGUUGUCAAAAGAAUUUUGAAAUAUUUAUAUGGAACAUUAAACUUAAGACUUUGGUACCCUAGAGAAACUCCCUUUGAUAUAAUAGGUUCUUCAGAUGCCGAUUAUGCCAGUAGUCUAUUAGAUAGAAAGAGAACCUCCAAAACUUACCAUUUUCUAGGUAAAUGCUUAGUGCCAUGGUUUAGCAAGAAACAAGUCUCAGUUGCUCUCUCCACUACGGAAGCCAAAGAUGUGGCAGCGGAUUGUUGUUGUGCUCAAAUUCUUUGGAUGAGGCAACAAUUAAGAGAUUAUGGGAGAGAGGUUGAUCACAUUCCUACUGAAUGUGACAACAUUAGUGCAAUAUAUAUUUCUAAGAAUCCUAUUCAACACUCUAGGAGUAAACACAUAGAUAUUAGACACCUCUUCUUGAGAGAUCAUGUUCAAAAUGGUAGUGUAGUACUAGAAUACUUGAUACAUCCAAACAACUAG